AUGGCUCUGCUGGUCUCAUUUCAUGGAGGGAAUCUGGUCAUAGCGUGGGUCCUGCUUCUGCUGCUGUCAACAGUGUGCGUGCAAGGUAGGAACUCAGCAGGAUCCAACAGAGUAAAUGGCUAUAGUGUGGAGCAACCAGCAUGCCUCUCUGGUGUCCAGGGCAGCUCCAUCGAGAUCCCCUUCUCCUUCUCCUUCCCUGGGGAGUUGGCACCGGAUCCACAGAUGAGGAUUCUCUGGAGACAGAAGAAUUUCCAUGGGGUAUUGAUCUACAACUCCUCCUCUGGUUUCAUACACGAGCAUUUUAAGGGCCGGCUCAUCCUGAACUGGACACAGCCUCAGACAUCCGGAGUCCUCAGAAUCCUGGACUUGAAGGACAAGGACCAGACAGUGUACUUCUGCCAAGUUCGUCUGAACACAAGUAAAGGCAUACAGCUAUUGCAGUCGAUUGAAGGGACCCACCUCACCAUCUCUCAAGGAGAUCACAUCUCAGGUAGCUCAGGGCUCUUUGGCGUUGCUCUGCAGUACCUGGUGUCAUUUGGGCCUGCUUCCAUGGAAGUUGCUGCCUUGGGCUUGUUCCUGUGGAAGUUGCUGGUUCGGGUCUGCUCCUGUGGAGAUUGCUGGUUGGAGCUUGCUCUGGAGGAGGUCUCUGGCUCGGGCCUGCUCCCUCAGUGGUGGUUCCCUAUGUCUGUGGCUCAGGCCUUCUCCUUCAGUAGUUGUUCCUUUGUACCUGCUCCUGUGGAGAUCGCUGUUUUAGGCUCGCUCCUGUUGAGGUCGCUGCCACAGGCCUACUCCAUCCCUGGAAGCACAGCUCGAAGUCCCACCACUGCAACUUCUGAAGGCCAGAUGAGUGGGAAUCAGACCCUGGAUCUGGGAACCACAGUUGGGGUGGCAGUGGCUGCUGCUGUGCUCCUGGCUGGGGUUUUGGGAUUGAUGGUGUUCCUCAGGUGGAAGAGGAGGAAAGGCCAGAGGACUGAAGCCAAAACCCCAGCCAGGGAACUCAUUGAAAACACUGAGAAAUGUGAGCAAGUUGAGCCUGAAGGACGACAUAUGGACCCCAAAGAGAACCCCAAGGACAACAACAUCGUGUAUGCCUCCAUUGCCCUCUCAAGCCCGACCUCCCCAGGAACACCAGCCUGCCCGCCUGUCCAUAAGAACCCCCAGGAAGAGACUGUAUACUCCAUCGUAAAGACCAAAUGAG